GCCAUUAUUGCAGGGGUGGGUGGGGAGCCGGCUGCCCCCUCACUCCAGCCCGAGGACUCGAAUUUCUCCUCAGAGACGCUAGGCCAUGGGAAUGUAGUCCCGGCUGUGGAGGGGGAAGGGAAGACAGAAAGUAGUCCCUGUGGAAUUCCGUCCCGGUCGGCCGUCUCCCCUGGAUUGGCGGGCUGGGCCGGUGGCAGGACACAGGACGGCGGGCACGGCAGCCGCUGAAGCGGUGAUCGCACAGCGGCGGUGCUCGGUUCCCGGGAGCGGUCCGGUAUCCCUCCGCCGCCGGAGCAGGAGGAGGAGGAGGGAAGGAGCCGCGGCGGGUUCACACGCAGCAGCACCAUGGAGGGGCCGGAGUGGGGCGGCCGGGAGACCGCGGUGUACAGCGGCAGUAUGUCCGGGCCCCGCCGCCGCCGGCGGUAACACGCAGAGAUGGGGACCGUGCUGAGGAGCCUGCUGGUCUGCAGCCUGAGCUGCCUGCUGAGGGCGUCUCCCUUACUGCUGUAUGCCAACCGGCGUGAUCUGCGACUGGUGGACGCUGGUGGUACGAAGGGGAACUCCACGGUGAUCGUCACGGGGCUUGAGGAUGCAGCCGCCGUGGACUUUGUGUUUUUCCGAGGUUUCAUUUACUGGAGCGAUGUGAGCGAGGAAGCCAUAAAGAGGAUUGAUUUUAACAAGACUGGGAGCUCGCAGGAUGUGGUCAUCGCUGGUUUGGUGUCGCCAGAUGGACUGGCCUGUGAUUGGCUGGGAGAGAAAUUGUACUGGACAGACUCCGAAACAAAUCGGAUAGAGGUUUCUAAUCUGGAUGGCGCUUUGCGGAAAGUAUUAUUCUGGCAAGAGCUGGAUCAGCCUCGAGCAAUCGCCCUGGAUCCCACCAGAGGGUACAUGUACUGGACGGACUGGGGUGAGAUGCCAAAGAUUGAGCGCGCUGGGAUGGACGGGUCCCUGCGAUCCGUUAUUAUAGACUCGGACAUUUAUUGGCCCAAUGGCCUGACCCUGGACUAUGAGGAGCAGAAGCUUUACUGGGCGGACGCUAAACUCAGCUUCAUUCACAAGUCCAACUUGGAUGGCUCCUUCAGACAAACCGUUGUGAAAGGGUCCCUGCCUCAUCCGUUUGCCCUCACGCUAUUUGGCAACACCAUAUACUGGACGGACUGGACCACGCACUCCAUCCUGUCCUGUAACAAGUACACUGGGGAGGACCUGCGGGAGGUGGACACCAAUAUCUUCUCUCCCAUGGACAUCCAUGUUUUCAGCCAGCUGCGGCAGCCAAAUGCAGCCUCCAACCCCUGUACCGGCCAUAACGGCGGCUGUUCCCACCUGUGCCUGAUGUCACCUGCGACGCCAUACUACCAGUGCGCCUGUCCCACAGGAGUGCGACUGAAGGAUGAUGGGAAGACGUGUAUGCACAGUGCUACAGAAUUGUUGCUCCUCGCCCGACGGACGGAUCUCCGCAGAAUCUCUUUGGACACCCCAGACUUCACAGACAUCGUGCUCCCAUUGGAUGAUAUUCGUCACGCGAUCGCUAUUGACUAUGACCCGGUGGAAGGCUACAUUUACUGGACGGAUGAUGAGGUGCGAGCCAUCCGACGAGCUCAGAUAGAUGGCUUAUCCAGCCAGUUCAUCGUCGUGUCUCAAGUGUCCCAUCCUGACGGAAUUGCCGUAGACUGGGUGGCUCGGAACUUAUACUGGACGGACACUGGGACUGACCGCAUCGAAGUGACGCGCUUAAACGGUACUAUGCGUAAGAUUCUUAUAUCUGAGGACCUCGAUGAGCCCAGAGCCAUUGUGCUGGACCCUAGCAAUGGUUACAUGUAUUGGACUGACUGGGGAGAGAACCCGAAAAUUGAGCGUGCAGCUAUGGAUGGCUCGGAUAGGUUGAUUCUGGUAAACACCUCUCUAGGCUGGCCUAACGGUCUGGCCCUGGACUACGCGGAAGGGAAGAUCUACUGGGGCGAUGCCAAGACGGACAAAAUAGAGGUCAUGACGACAGAGGGCACGGGUCGGAGGGUGCUGGUGGAAGACAAGUUGCCGCACAUCUUUGGAUUCACGCUUCUUGGGGACUACGUGUACUGGACGGACUGGCAGAGGCGCAGCAUAGAGCGGGUCCACAAGCACAGCGGCGAGCGUGAGGUCAUCAUAGACCAACUGCCGGACCUGAUGGGACUGAAAGCCACCAAUAUCUACCGGAUAUCAGGGACCAAUGCCUGCGCGGAUGACAAUGGCGGCUGCAGUCACCUGUGUCUAUACCGGCCCCAAGGGCCGCGCUGCGCUUGUCCCAUAGGGCUGGAGCUGAUCAACGACAUGAAAACCUGUAUCGUGCCGGAGGCCUUCCUCCUGUUCUCGCGCAGGGCAGACAUUCGCCGCAUCUCCCUGGAAACCAACAAUAAUAAUGUCGCCAUCCCCCUCACCGGGGUGAAGGAAGCGUCCGCUCUAGAUUUUGAUGUGACAGACAACAGGAUCUACUGGACAGACAUCAGCUUAAAGACGAUCAGCCGCGCGUUCAUGAACGGAAGCGCCCUGGAACACGUGGUACAGUUUGGACUGGAUUAUCCGGAAGGCAUGGCUGUAGACUGGCUGGGGAAAAACCUGUAUUGGGCAGACACUGGCACCAAUCGUAUUGAAGUUUCCAAGCUGGAUGGACUGCAUCGGCAGAUCCUGGUGUGGAAAGACCUAGACAGCCCUCGGGCCCUCGCCCUGGACCCAGCAGACGGGUUUAUGUACUGGACGGAGUGGGGCGGGAAGCCCAAGAUAGACCGAGCCACUAUGGACGGGAGCGAACGCAUCACCUUGGUGCCCAACGUGGGGCGCGCCAAUGGGCUGACCAUAGACUAUGCGGAGCGGAGACUGUACUGGACAGAUCUAGACACCAAUCUCAUCGAAUCGUCCAACAUGCUGGGACAAGACCGCAACGUCAUCGCUGAUGACCUUCCGCACCCGUUUGGUUUGACCCAGUUUCAGGACUUUAUUUACUGGACUGACUGGAGCCGGCGUAGCAUCGAGCGAGCUAACAAAACCAGCGGGCAGAACCGGACCAUAAUCCAAGGCCACCUAGACUAUGUCAUGGACAUCUUAGUGUUCCACUCCUCCCGUCAAUCUGGCUGGAACGAAUGUGCGUCUAGCAACGGCCACUGCUCUCACCUGUGCCUAGCCACGCCGGUCAGCGGUUACACCUGUGGCUGUCCAGUCCACUUCUCCCUGAAUCCGGAUAACAAGACCUGCAGUGCCCCCAGCGCCUUCCUGCUCUUCAGCCAAAAAAAUGCCGUCAACCGGAUGGUAAUUGAUGAGCAACAGUCCCCAGACAUCAUCCUUCCGAUUCACAACCUGCGCAACGUACGGGCGAUUGACUACGACCCUUUGGAGAAGCACCUGUAUUGGAUAGAUUCCCGGCAGAGCAUCCGUAGAGCAUUGGAAGAUGGCAGCCAGAAUGUGACCGUGGUGUCCAAUGCAAACACCAACCAGAACUUUGACAUGCAGCCGUACGACAUGAGUUUAGACAUCUACAGCCGCUUCAUCUACUGGACCUGUGAGGCCACCAACGUCAUCAACGUCACCCGCAUGGACGGAAGUGCGAUCGGUGUGGUCCUGAAGGGGGAGCAGGACCGGCCCAGAGCCAUCCUAGUGAACCCGGAAAGAGGAUACAUGUACUUCACUAAUGUACAGGAACGUUCAGCCAAGAUAGAGAGGGCCGCUCUGGAUGGGACGGAGCGCGAGGUUCUCUUCUUCACCGGUCUCAGCAAGCCCAUCGCUCUCGCUCUAGACAACAAAAUGGGGAAACUGUUCUGGGCUGACUCUGACUUGAGGCGGAUAGAGAGCAGUGAUCUUUCUGGUGGGAACCGCGUGGUGCUGGAAGACUCCAAUGUGCUGCAGCCGGUCGGACUCACGGUGUUCGGAAAUCACCUGUACUGGAUCGACAGACAGCAGCAGAUGAUUGAACGCAUCGCGAAAACUGGGCGCGAGGGGCGCACGAAAAUCCAGGCCCGCAUCCCCUUCCUGACGGACAUCCACGCAGUGACGGAGCUGAACACGCAGGAAUACAAGGAUCACCCGUGCUCUCAGGAGAAUGGCGGCUGUUCCCACAUCUGCAUUGUGAAAGGAGAUGGAACGACGCGCUGCUCCUGCCCCGUGCAUCUAGUUCUCCUGCAAGAUGAGCUGUCCUGUGGCGAGCCGCCCACCUGCUCCCCGCAGCACUUCACCUGCUACACGGGCGAGGUAGACUGCAUUCCCGCUGAGUGGCGGUGUGACGGCUUCACCGAGUGUGUGGACCACAGCGACGAGCAGAACUGCCCCAUGUGCUCAGAUACACAGUACCAGUGCGCCAGCGGGCAGUGCAUAGACUCCUCCCUGAGGUGUAACGGUGACGCCAACUGCCAGGAUAAGUCUGACGAGAAGAGCUGCAAUGAUAUCUGUGCUUCGGACCACUUUCACUGCGGCAACGGGCAGUGCGUCGGCAAACUGCGGCAAUGUGACCAUACCAGGGACUGCAGUGACGGCUCCAGUGACCUGGGCUGCUACACCACGGAAGAGCCGCCGCCCCCGUCAACCAACACCAUCGGCUCCAUAAUCGGCGUCAUCCUCACUGUGAUAGUUGUGGGGGGCGUGUACUUUGUCUGCCAGCGGGUGCUAUGUCGCAGAAUGAAGGGUGAUGGCGAGACCAUGGCUAACGAUUACGUGGUACACGGGCCGGCCUCUGUGCCCCUGGGAUACGUCCCCCACCCCAGCUCUCUCACCGGAUCAUUACCAGGGAUGUCACGUGGCAAGUCUGUCAUCAGCUCGCUCAGCAUUAUGGGUGGCAGCAGCGGACCGCCGUAUGAUCGCGCGCAUGUGACCGGCGCCUCAUCCAGCAGUUCCUCCAGCACAAAAGGGACCUAUUUCCCACCGAUAUUAAACCCUCCGCCAUCCCCUGCCACAGAACGUUCACAUUACACCAUGGAGUUGGGUUAUUCCUCGAACAGUCCAUCCACACACAGAUCAUACAGCUACAGACCCUACAGCUACCGUCACUUUGCUCCUCCCACCACCCCGUGCAGUACGGACGUGUGCGACAGCGACUACACACCCAGCCACCGCCUUGCGUCAGCCACCGGGAAAGGCUACACCAGUGAUCUCAACUACGACUCGGAACCAGUCCCCCCUCCCCCCACCCCACGGAGCCAGUACCUGUCUGCCGAGGAGAGCUGCCCCCCUUCUCCUUACACAGAACGCAGCUACUCCCAUCAUCUGUAUCCCCCGCCCCCCUCACCUUGCACAGACUCCUCUUGAGAGCCCUUACUUGUGUUUUACAACAAACCCUGUGGAGCGGGGGUCCUUGGAGACCGCCAGCCUUUUUUACGUUUUUUUAUUUUAUUUUUAUUUCAUGUACAGUUUUAUUUGUUUUAAGAGGACCUUCCCUCGGAGACAAGCUAAAGAGGGAUCAGUCCAUGAACAUAUCUGUACAUAGAUAAAAGGAUAUUUAUAUAAAUAUAUAUAUUAUUAUUAUUAAUUUUUUUUAUAGCCCUUUCCUUCAUCCACCAUUAUACUAGUGCCAUACAGAAAACACUGCUCCUUUCCCCGGACAGCCACCGUUUUGUAUAAUAGAUUCCGGCUCCGUCAUUGUAUUGUAAAAUAUUUAAAGUUUUUUUGAAGGGGGGGGUCUAGGGGGGGGUCUUAAAAUCUAUUUUUGCAAACUGAUCACACGAAAUGCCUUAAAUUGACCAGCUGCCGGGGAUGCGAAGAAUCGUAAUGCUAAAUACCCAAGUGAUUAUUGAGAGAGCAGAGGGGAGGGCGCCCUGAGCCCAAACACUAUAUACGGAUCAUCAGACGUACCUAGUAGCGCAGAACUGUUUUUGUAUUUUUUUUUUUGUGUGGAAUUUUUACCCCCAUUUACUUGCGGAGGUGCCAGGGCGUCAUAGGAAUUGCAGCAGCACAGAAUAACUGGGAGAUACAGUGCAGGAAAUCUUCCAGGGCCUCUGUAACAGCGGAUAUAGAUCUGUGUGCUGCAGCAACACUGGUUGCGUUCGGUGCUAAGCGACAGAUCGCACCGCCGCCGUUUCACAUAAGCUUUUAUUUGCAAUCUGUUUUUAGCUCAUUUCUAUCCGUUAAUCUUAAUUUAUAUUGAGCUUUUAUUAUAUUUCAGCCGCAACGUCCUCUGGUCUUUGCCUAUAUACCUGCUGUAUCUUCUGCUCUCUCCUUUUCUGUCUGAUACCACUAAUCAGAAUGUGCUGGAAGAAACCACUAAACCAGUUGCUGGGGGGGUUGUCGGGGAGGGGUCAACAAGACGGCUGGUACACUCUGGUCACUUUGCUUGCGACGGAAGUUACUUGGUUUUGUGCGUUACCUUCAUCCACCGCAGGCUUCUCCUGUCUGGCAGCUGAAGACUUUGACCUCUGAUACAUUUCUACUUUAUCAAACUGCGAGUGACAAGUGUUUUUAUACCGCCUAUGAUGUAUAUAUACUGUAUUGUAUUUAUAAACACAAUGUAUCAUUCUCUUCCUUUUUUUUUUUUUUUUUUUUGCCUCAUUUUUAUAUAUCAUAUAUAUCCUUGCAGUAUGUUUUAUACAGUCACCACUGUACAGGGUUCCAACGAGGUGCCUGCUUACCUUGGGAAGGGGGUGGGGGUGUGCAUUACCCCCCAAUACGGAUAGUGCGCAGCUAUCCUAAAUCUGCACGCUCUCUUCUAGGGAUAACUCCAAUACGUUUAGAGACUUUGGUGACGUUCGCAGUAAUUCGAGCCUGGUCUUGGCUAUAUACAGAUGGAGCCAUCUUUAUCUUGCCCUUUAAUAAGAUUGAGUCAGGGCAGUCGGACUUAAUCCCCUGCUGUAUUGUUCUUUCUGUAUUGUAUUGCAGCUUAGAACAGUAGGUGAAAGAUCUAAUAAACCAUGGUGCGCAUAGGUGCAGCAGAGAAGUCAAGAUAAGUGUGGCUCCUUCUGUAUGUAGUUCUGUGCUGGGGUGACCUGUAAGGGGCUUAUAGUUUGUAACAGUCAUCAUCAUUUACCAAUACUUGUAAUGAGAUGGAACGUGUUUCCCGCAGCCUGUUACACUCCAGCUACAAACACUGAUAAAUAUUUGACCGUUGGUUAUAAAGUAUCAGAAGAUUAUUCAUGUUAACUUUAUUUUAUACAUUUUUCACAUUUUAUUUUUAAAUACUGAGGGGGAGCUGUAUCAAACCCUUUAAAGAGUAUAGACGUUACCCAUCGCACACAAUCAGCUGGUAUUUAUCAAGUACAUUCUGACAGGUAGAAGCUCAAAGCUGACUAGUUUCUUUAGGUAACCUCUCUGCUCUGUCCAAGGUUUGAUGCAUUUCCCCCUAAAACUCCGGAAAUACAGGGGACGAAGGCUCAUUUUAUGUCUCCGUUAUGGGAGGUUGUGAACCUGAUACAAACGUUCGUUUCUGAGGAUUAUUGCACCGGAACGGCGUGUCUUAUACUGUAUUAGUCACUAGCAACACGGGGGAAUCUCUGUUCCUGUGGAUAAAUUGUUGUGGAUGUCGGCGACUAUAAAGUAAAUGCGAUUUGAGACACUUUUCGUGAUUAACAAAAAUAACUAUCCUUUAAUUAUCUUAUGUGCUUAUUAUGCCUUCCUAUCGUCACGUUAGAAUUACCGUUUGUUCUGUGAGGUACAGUGCUAGUGUAGCCGUGGACAUUUACUUACUGCCACCUGGUUACGGCAGAGGGGGUUUUGUCGUUUUGGGAAGUCUGCAGAACUUUUACCUGCCUGUCCCCGUGUAUCAAACGGUCUUUAAUGUCAGGUAUUGUUGGUGAGGAGUAUCACGCGGAAUAUUGUGUGAUAGAGCGGUAUGGCCAGCCCUCACAAGUGUCUAGCCUUUCCGUAGACUGGGUCACGUCUUUCUGAUGGAAACGCUCUCUGGACAGAGUGGAUAGUGCAGCGCUUGUUAGGUAUGUAAUACCUAUGGAAAUGUUCUUUUUCCAGGAAUGUCCAGCUAGAUUUAGGAUGAUUUGUGGUCUAGCUGUACGGAUAAUAUAUGGCUGUAGGUAUUGACUCCAUUGUGUGUAAUGUCACACACUUCCCGCAGAAUGUCUGAUCUGUAAUUAAUUGAUCAUUUUCAGUCUAUUACAUUACCCGGAACAUUUAUACGGGCUGAGACUGGCGACCGCUCGCUAGGAACCAUCAACCCAUAGUACGGUUUAGGUCUCUGCAAUGUGACUAUGGCCUGGCCCUCAGUAGGGUCACAGGACCCCUACCCCCACUGUCAUACUCCGUCUGUGAUCAGCGGGCACACAUUACUGAAUGUGACAAUCCCCACGGAUACGCUGUUAGUUUCCCUGGGUAAGUGGCUGUCCCCGCAGCACCAAACCUGUGUGACCGUUGUAUCUGGCUUACAGCUUAUAUACGUUACUGUUCUAUAUCCUGCCGCUGGUACGACAGAUCUGCAAAAGGAUGUAUCCAGGACUUAUUCUAUCGACCAACAUUUGGUCAGCCCAGAGCCACUCGUUCAUAGUUUUUCUUUUUAUAUAUAUAUUUUUUGUAAAAUAUGGGCUUUACUUUGUAAGCUGUGUAUAAAAAAAAAAAAUGAAUUACCUUGUAUAAAGUUUCAUUAUUACUGUAAGCAGACUUGUAACAAAGAAUUAAUUUUUAUAAUAAAACAAAAGCUCAAAACAUGAA